UUUGCCCUGUCCUGCUAUUUCCAUCAUCGAUCAUAUAGCUUUCAGUUGUGAUUAUCGACAGGUGCGGUAUUGUUGAAGAAAGUACAAUUUUCAUUAGUUUAUUGACGUGAAUCAACGCACGACCGACCUAAAUGUUAUAAAAAUCAUCGUACAAGUUCAUUGCAAUAUAUGUACAUCCCUCGUUAAACGACAAGUGUAUGGGUGUUUAUAUAUGUACAUGUAGGUGCGUGUGUGUGUGUGUGUGUGUGUGAGUGUGCAUGCAAACUAAUGUGGUUGUGUAGGUGCUGUUUAGUGAAAGAAAAUUAGUUUUUCGUCUAUCUCUCGUGUGUUUAUUGAUUUCUUGACGGAAUCAUAUUUUGUAAAAUCUUCGGUCCAAAAAGUGCUAAGUAGCUAUCGCGGACCAUCGAAUCACAUUGUGCAAACACAACUUAGCCACUGUCUGCAACGAUUUGAGAAGUUUUACUUGAACAAUAGCAACACCAGUAAACAUUCACAAUGACACAAAUGGCUCAGGAAGAGAUUGUCUCGAAUACCAAAACGGUAAUGCAGGGCCUAGAAGCACUCCGCGUGGAGCAUGUCACACUAAUGAAUAACUUAGCGGAGGGCAGCAAAACCGAUCCAGAUAAAAUGGAAAUCGUAAAGAAAAAUAUGGAGAAUAUCGAGCUCGGUCUUAGCGAAGCGCAAGUCAUCGUGAUGCUGUUUGCUCAUCUGCAAAACAUCGAAGCCGAAAAGCAAAAAUUACGAACGCAAGUGAAACGGCUGUGUCAGGAAAAUGUAUGGUUGCGUGACGAGCUGGCCAUCACGCAGCAAAAGCUGCAGGCAUCGGAACAAAGCGUUGCACAGUUGGAAGAAGAGAAGAAACAUCUAGAGUUUAUGGCGUCAGUGAAAAAAUACGAUGAAAUACAAGAAAAUGAAGAUAAUUUGGAAAAGUCUCGCACCGAUCCGGUGGUGGAACUGUUUCCGGAGGAUGAAGCCGAAGAACGCAACAACAUGUCACCAACGCCACCGAAUCAAUUUGCUAAUCAUGCAAAUGCAGGCUACGAAAUACCGGCCAGAUUGCGAACGCUACACAAUCUGGUGAUACAGUACGCAUCGCAGGGACGGUACGAAGUGGCCGUACCGUUGUGUAAGCAAGCACUGGAAGAUCUCGAGAAAACAAGUGGGCAUGAUCAUCCAGAUGUGGCCACAAUGUUGAACAUUUUGGCGUUAGUUUACAGAGAUCAGAACAAGUAUAAGGAGGCAGCCAAUCUACUGAACGAUGCUCUUACGAUUCGCGAGAAAACUCUUGGGGAAAAUCAUCCGGCCGUAGCUGCUACGUUAAACAAUUUAGCCGUUUUGUAUGGUAAACGGGGCAAAUACAAAGAUGCGGAACCGCUUUGCAAACGAGCGCUAGAAAUUCGUGAGAAUGUGCUCGGCAAAUCGCAUCCCGACGUGGCCAAGCAAUUGAACAACUUAGCACUGCUUUGCCAGAACCAGGCAAAGUAUGAAGAAGUGGAAAUGUAUUACAAGCGAGCCUUGGAAAUUUACGAGAUGAAGCUAGGUGGAGAUGAUCCGAAUGUCGCGAAAACUCUCAACAAUCUUGCCAGUUGCUACUUGAAACAAGGCAAAUACAAGGAAGCAGAAAUGCUAUACAAAGAGGUGCUAACGCGAGCACACGAGCGGGAAUUUGGUGCAAUUAAUGGUGAAAACAAACCAAUAUGGCAGGUGGCCGAAGAGCGCGAGGAGAACAAACUGAAGAAUCGAGAAAAUACACCGUACGGCGAAUAUGGUGGAUGGCAUAAGGCCGCGAAGGUGGACUCGCCCACCGUUACUACGACCUUGAAAAAUCUCGGUGCUCUAUAUAGAAGACAGGGCAAGUACGAAGCCGCAGACACGUUGGAAGAUUGUGCUCUACGAAGCAAGAAAGAGGCAUUGGAUUUGGUGAAACAGUCGAAAGUGCUCGGUGUAUCGGACGAUAACAAGCGCCAGAAGAGCGGCAACAGCAAAGAUGAUAAUGAUGAUCACAACAAACGUGUGCACAAAUAAUUGGUGUUGCGCGCUGACACUGCACAUUUUAAAUGCUAAUAUAACAGAACGAUUUAUAAUAGCCGGUUUAAACAUUAAGCAAAGUGACAGAAUACUUAGCAGUUAACAGUACGCUGAAGAAGGUGCAGCAAUUUUCCAUUCCCAAAAGCUGAUGGACCUUCAGUCCAACAUCUCAGUGGUCGCUUAUUCAUGUUACUAGUGUUUUAUAGUUUUGUUUUUCUUUUCGUUUUGUAUUUCAAAUAAUUUCGAAAACCACAUCAAUUUCUAUUAGUUUCUUUUUGUAUCAUCCUCUCUCGUUCUCUCCACUUGUCUCAUUAUUUCUCCAUAAUGAAUUGUCAAUGAGUACUAUUUUUAAAAAUGUUGAAAUUUAUGCAUCAAAUUUCAAGCAAGAAACAAAACUUUUAAACACGUUAAUUGCACGACAACAUCCAUUUGGUCCACACGCUUUUCAGAUCAGCACAGAUCGAUUGAUUAGGCGUGGAUGGAUAAUCUUCAUAAUCAUGUUUUUUUUCAGGUAGAAGAUACUUCUAAUGAGCGAUUGUGGUUUUAUUAUGCUUAAGUAAGCACUAAACACUUUGUUGUAGUUUGAAAUGCUAACAAGCUACAAGUAAAACUAUAUCCGCAGGAAAAUAAAAAAAAUAAAUGCAAAUAAACGGUUCCCAUUAAUUUAAAAAUUAUCUUUCGGAAAUUGAACGAGAACAAGCAAAAAUAAUCUCAAGAUAGGAAUGAUUCUGUUGAAAAGAAAACAAAUAUAAAAAAAAGAGACAUUUCGAGAAACAGGGAGAGAAUGAUAGGGGAUGAAUAAAAAAGAGCGGGAAUCUGAUAUUUUGGAAGAAAUUGUUCUAUUUAUCAAACAUGACGCAGAAGAGCAAAGCAGAUAGAUAACUACGCUUUUGAUAAUAAAAAAAAUGCAUACCGAUUAUUUAAUCAUUUCCAAAGUAAUCUGUAAGACAUAGAAAUGCGUAUAAAA